CCUCCGUAUGAGGCCCUUGUAUUUUCUUGCGGCAUGCGUCGGAUCCUAUGAAAGAUAAGAAUCUUACGUAAUGUUGCAGAUCCACCAUUGGUGUGUGCAAGCUACCCUCCACUCUUGGCUUUCUGUCUUGGCUGCCAACGUGCGUCUGGUGAUUGUUUCUCAAUCUCCCAUCUCUCGCUUUCGCGGGCUGCAACACGCGUAUCCGUGGUAUGUUCUAACAAGUAUCAAGAGCAUCAAAAUCCUUCUCUCCCUCUCUCACUGCUGCCAACUGAGCGAGACCGAAGGCAUUACGAGAUCAUACUUUAACUACGUUUCUUGUUUCCUUGUUGAUGGAGACAAGCCGCCCUUGAUCGGAGGUUUCUGUCUGCUUGAUUGGUCGGUAAGUAAAGUUGUUUGGCCGUAGGUGCCGUUCCCCGCCCCCUGCCGCCAUGACGGUUGGCUGCCCUGGCCUGGCUUAGGUCCUUG